GCUCAACACCUCAAUGUGGUCUCUCACACACACCAUCUGUACUUAACGUGUCAAUUUGUCUGAUCCAUGCACGCUUGGUGACCACACAUGCAUGCUCUGUGUCUACUACCGGCUCAUGCUAUAGCUCCACUCUAUAUAUUAGGACCGGCCACAGCAGGCCGGCAAGAACUGCUCCACCACUACCAUCUAUCUCUCUCUAUAUAUAUAUCUACAAAUGACAAAAUCCAACAGUGGCAUAUAUACACACACACAUCUUGUAGCUAGCUAGCUCAAGGACUGAUGAGUCAUAUUGCAGCAGGAAGCAGCACGCAGUAGUUAGCAGCAUAUAUAGCAAGAAGGAUCGGAGGUAGCUAGAAGCCGUUGACUGGCCGGCGCGGCGGCCAUGACGACGACGUACAGGGUCUGCUGCUUCCUGCGGCGGUUCCGGGCGGCGUCGAACGAGCCGUCGGAGGCGGUGAGGGACGUGUUCCAGGCGUACGCCGACGGCGGCGGCGUGGUCGGGGAGGAGGCGCUGCGGAGGCUCCUGCGGGAGGUGCAGGGGGAGACGGAGGCCGGCGCCGACGCGGCGGCCAAGGAGGUGAUGGCGUUCGCGGCGGAGCAGAGGCUGCUCAAGAAGGGCGGCCUCACCGCCGAGGGCUUCCACCGCUGGCUCUUCAGCGACGCCAACGCCGCCCUCGACCCGCGCCGAGGGGUUUACCAGGACAUGGGCUUACCACUGUCGCACUACUUCAUCUACACGGGCCACAAUUCGUACCUGACGGGGAACCAGCUGAGCAGCGGGUGCAGCGAGAGGCCCAUCGUGAAGGCCCUCCACGACGGCGUCCGGGUCAUCGAGCUGGACCUCUGGCCCAACGCCGGCAAGGACGACGUCGAGGUCCUCCAUGGCAGGACAUGGACGUCGCCGGUGGAGCUGAUCAAGUGUCUGGAGGCCAUCAAGGAGCACGCCUUCGUGACUUCACCCUUCCCCGUCAUCCUCACCCUGGAAGAUCACCUCACCCCGGACCUCCAAGCCAAUGUCGCCAAGAUGCUGAAGGAAACCUUCGGGGAGAUGCUGUACGUGUCGGAGUCGGAGAAGAUGGCGGAGUUCCCUUCCCCCGACGAGCUCAAAGGCAAGAUCAUCAUCUCCACCAAGGCGCCAAAGGAGUACCUCCAGACCAAGAGCGGCAAGGAGGAGGCGGAGGAGGGCGUCUGGGGGGAGGAGAUCUCCGACGACAAGACCACCGCCCAUCAGAUGUCGGAGCAGUUCAGUGGCAAGUACUCGGCGGCGGCGGAGGAGGAGGCCGCCGCCGGCGCCGAGGAAGAGGCGGCGGAAGCCGAGGCGGAGAAGAAGGCGCGGCAGGGGACGGACAACGAGUACCGGCGUCUCAUCGCCAUUCAGCUCACCAGACGGAAGCACGACAUGGAGCAGGACCUACGGGUCGACCCCGACAAGGUGACGCGCCUCAGCCUCGGCGAGAAGGCGUUCGAGAAGGCCAUCGUCUCCCAUGGCGAUCACAUCGUCAGGUUCACGCAGCGGAAUCUGCUGCGCAUCUUCCCGCGGUCGACGCGCAUCACGUCGUCCAACUACAACCCUCUCAUGGGGUGGAGGUACGGAGUUCAGAUGGUGGCGGCGAACAUGCAGGGCCAUGGGAGGAAGCUCUGGCUGACGCAAGGGAUGUUCCGGGCGAACGGCGGCUGCGGCUACGUCAAGAAGCCCGACAUCCUGAUGAACAGCGCCGCCGCCGACGAUCCCGCCGGAGGUAUCGGCAAGCUGUUCGACCCAACACGAGCGGAUCUGCCGGUGAAGACGAGGCUGAAGGUGACGGUGUACAUGGGAGACGGGUGGCGGUUCGACUUCCGCAAGACGCACUUCGACAGGUGCUCGCCGCCGGACUUCUACGUGAGAGUGGGCAUCGCCGGCGUGGCGGCGGACAUGAGGAUGGAGCAGACGCGGGUGGUGAUGGACAGCUGGAUCCCCGCGUGGGACCACGAGUUCGGCGAGUUCCCGCUGGCGGCGCCGGAGCUGGCGCUGCUGAGGGUGGAGGUGCACGAGUCGGACAACCACCAGAAGGACGACUUCGGCGGGCAGACAUGUCUGCCGGUGUGGGAGCUCCGCCCUGGGAUCCGCUCCGUCAGGCUCGCCGACCACAAGGGCCAGCCGCUGCGAUCCGUCAAGCUGCUCAUGCGCUUCGAGUUCUUCUCCUCCCCCUGACUGCCACUCCAACUCCAAACAGUGAUGAUAUAUAUAAUCUCUCACUCUGUCUGGUGCUGAUGGAUCGUGUGUGUCAAUGAAUAUUUAGAGAAUCCGUUUUGUUCGGUGUUUUUAUCUGUUGUUUUUACUUGUGUAUGAAUGUGCUAUCUGUCGGCUGCCGUGAUACUGAGAUUGUGACUGGGACUGUGAUUAUCAUUAUCAUCACUA